AUGUCUCAACAGUGGUCUGAUUUUGUUGGCACUGUCGACAGGGCGGAGGAGAUAAUGUUCCGGCGAAUAGCUGGCCAGGGUAUAUCUGAAACCACAAAAGACAAGGUUCAAGGUGCUUUCGGGGAUCUGAGAUUUCUGUCUACCUUUUUGGGUUACUUUGAACUGAAGAGGAGCCAUGAAAACACGAGAUCACGAAGAUAUUAUCAAAAGCAUAGCAAUAAGGAGGAGGAUGCCUUGUUCAACGAUGUUGCAGCUGCUGCGAAAGAAAUCGAAAGGUAUCUUCAGCAUUCUGUGAUUGACAGAUUCAACAAUGAUCCUGAUGAUCACCAGACGAAGUUGACUGCUAAAUCUUCCGACUCGGAGAACAUUGAUGACAGCGAGUUGGACUCCAAACUCCUUGGCAUUGUCUCCCCUUUGAAGAAGAAUCCUGAAACGAAUUCUGAAUUCUCUGGAUUGGCUUCUCACGACACCCACAAAAAUUACCAGAAAUGGUCUUCUUGGAAGGAGAAUAUAGUGGUUCAAUUGGGAGCAAUCCUUCUCGACGCUGCCAACUGUUAUUGCGCUAGCUGCUUGUAUCCAUCAAAAGAUUACAAUGUACCACAUCUUGCUAGGUACCUGGUAGAUGCGCACUUAGAAAUGGAUCUUCCUACUCCAGAGCUGCUGGAGGACAUUAUUUUAGAUUUCUCCAGAGAAUGUGAUCAUCAUCAUCAGGAAAGAUUCUUUUCUUCUUUUAUCAGUUAUAUGAUUGGUGUCAGAGAUGAAUUUGAACUUGUGCGGAACGAAUUGCUGUUCCUACUUACAUGCCAGGACAUGAUGGAAGAGGAAUUGCGUAGGACUUUACGAGUUGGAAUCAAGGAUGUGCUUAUGGGGACCGGUUCUCUAGUAGAAAUUAAACAAACAAUGGCAGAAGCACGUAAAACUCGAUAUGCGAUUUCGCUGGCUAGGAUUUGGUCUCUUAAGACUGAGAUUUUCGUCAACAGUAACGGUACCCUUACAUUUUCAAAGGAAAACCAUGUCGAGGCCCUGCGUGAGGGGUGUAGAUCUCUCCAGGAUUUGUCUCAUGCCAUCUAUGUAGAUGGGCCAAAAGGUGAAUCUCCUGGGAUCUUGAAGGUCAUUCAAGGGGUUCCUAAUCAGGUGGAAUCUGUCUAUCAGUCCUCAUCUCUUCCUGAUGAUAUUAACAUCAAGGUCAGCAUUUUCCUUCUCAAUUCUCUUGUACACAUGCUGCUAAUAAGGGCAAAUCAGCUCCUUUUGGAGUUAUUGAAGCCUGAAUUUGCAAGUCUGAUGCUUCCCCCUCUGAAGCACAAAUUUGCAAGUAUUCAGAAGGGACUCCUUUUCUUGAUAGAUGUAGUAAUUAAUAAAGAGGAUGAGAAGCCGAUCUUGACACACAUUGAAGUUGUGGCUUCCGGAGUAAUAUCUGUCUUAAAACGGAGAGGGUUGUUCCAAAUUCCUAAAUUUAGUGCUCCUAAGAUUCCUGGUUUGUGCUUCGUUGAAUUGCACAUACAAAGUACGAGAGAUCUGCUCAACCGUAACCUUGACUCCAUAGCAUAUGCAAUUCUCCAAAUGGCAGCCAUCUCUACAGAGUUGGCUUUCAUGAUAUCUACAUUUCGGGAGAUUUUUGAGCAAGGCAUCGAGAUUCAGAAGCAUGGUGAUCUUCUUACGCUGCUUGUAGACGUUGCAUAUCAGGUGGAACAUGCCAUCGGCUCAGUGUUGAAUGAGAAUAAGGAAGCUUGGCAACAUUUUCUAUGGCUGGAUCAUCUGUUGGAAGAGACUAGGCAUGUAAAGAUGCAGCUUGCAGAUUUGAACGGGAACAACAGUUUCAGUGGAGAAUGCGAUUUCUCCCAGCAGCCGAUGGCGAUGCCUAUUAUGUCACAGGUUGCCACCACAGUAAGUGCAACUGAAGAAGUUAUGGUUGGACUCAAUGAUCAUAAACAGAAGAUCAUUGAUCGACUCACCUCAAACGAAAAGCAGCUGAGUAUCAUCUCAAUUGUCGGAAUGCCAGGAAUUGGAAAAACCACCUUGGCAAAUAAUGUGUUCCGAGAUAAAAUGGUUACAUCUUACUUCCCAGUUUGUGCUUGGAGCUGUGUAUCUCAAAGAUAUAGGAAAAGGGACUUGUUGCUUAAUCUCCUGGGACACAUUAUCUCUAUCACAGAUGACAUCAAUGAGAAGGAUGAUAAUGAUCUGGAAAACUUGUUGCAUAAAGCGUUGAAGGGAAAAAGGUAUCUGAUAGUCAUGGAUGACAUGUGGAGUACGAAGGCGUGGGAUGAUUUGCGGCUCUCAUUUCCAAAUGACCCAUACGGUAGCCGAAUUUUGAUAACGAGUCGUCUGGAGAACGUGGUUUCAAGCAUUAGCGAUCCUCAUCCUUUCCGUCCACUCUCUGAGGAAGAAAGCUGGGAUUUGCUGAAGUUAAAGAUUUUUCAGGAAGAGGAGUGUCCUCUGGAGCUGUUGGAAGUUGGUCGACAAAUUGCUAUAAAUUGCAAGGGAUUGCCUCUGGCAAUCAGUGCAAUAGCUGGUCUUCUUAAUAGGACUUGCGGAAGGAACCGAGAUAUGUGGAAACAAAUCGCAAACAGCGUGAAAGCUUGUCGAGUUCAUGAUGUGGUACGAGAUUUGUGCUUGUUGAGAGCUAAAGAUGACAAUUUCUUGCUGCAAAUAACUGCUGAUGAUGAACCUUAUUCUUGUUUUACUGAUUUAGACCCUGAUGUCCCACUUGAGCUUUUCAUUACUUCAAAUGAGACAACAUACAAUGAAUAUCGGCUGUGUUUCUGUGUGAACCGAGAACACUUUGCUGUGUCGAAGCCUUCUGGUUCAUUUGUCCGAUCUCUACUAUUCUUUGCCACUUCUGAUAUAUAUCCAAGAUGCCCUUAUGAUGUCUCCUUCAUUCCCAUCAACUAUAGACGUCUCAGGGUGUUGGAUUUGGAAUCCAUCAACAUUGGUGCCUCAUUCGAGAAUGGAAUUGAACUGCUUGUUGAUCUAAGAUAUCUGGCUGUUUGUGGUGAUAUGGAAUCCAUCCCGGCAUCGCUGUCCAACCUAGAGAAUCUUGAAAGUUUACUUGUGAAGAGUCUAAAGAGGAAAGUUGUAUUACCAGAGACCUUAUGGAGGAUGAGAAAUCUGAGGCAUAUAUAUGUAACUAAGUGUGUUAUCUUUACUUGGCGACGGGCCGAAGAUGGAGAUUCUUCUCAGUUGCUUAGUUUGGUAUCACUUUCUUUUCCAUGUCUUACAUGUGGGGAGGCAACUGCUGAGAUGAUGAUGAGGUUUCCGAACAUUCGAAAAUUGAGGUGCAUUGUUUUGAAACCAGUCGGUGUUUCGAUGGGCUUCUCUUCAUUUCCUGCAUUCAGCUCACUCUGCAAGUUGGAGUCACUGAAUAUGUCAUACCACGGGAAGGCCCUCAACGCUGGCGAGGUGAACUUUCCUUCCGGCAUAAAGAAGUUGACGUUAUCAAACUUCCGGUUGCCGUGGAGCCAAAUCUCAGUGAUUGGGAGAUUGCCCAACUUGGAAGUCCUGAAAUUGGGUUGUAGAUCAUUUGAGGGGUCAACCUGGAGAAUGGAAGAAGGGGAGUUUCUCAAUCUCAAGUACUUGAAACUGGACGCACUGAAUAUUGUCCAUUGGGAUGCUUCCGUUGAUAAUUUGCUGCCUCAGCUUCAGCAGCUCAUUGUGCAAAAUUGCGAGAAGCUUGAGGAGAUUCCUUCAGACUUGUCUACAUCUCAACAUUAGAGAAGAUUGAGGUUCAACAUUGUGGAAUUUCUGUUGAAGAGUCUGUGAAAAGAAUCAACGAGGAAGGGAUUGAAGGGCUCCAGAUUGUAAUCACCAGCUCACAUUCUUCAGGCGCAUAAAGGAGUUAUCGAUUUGUGAAUGUCCUGUUUAACAAGUAAAAGAGUCCUGUUGAAGAAUUUCAGUGAACUCUAUUCUAGCCAAAUCUUAGCAGAUGAAAGCAGUACUAACCACUCACUGUGAACUGACUUAUUUUGGUUUAGGUGGGUUUUCUUUUGAAGGGAUCAAGUUGUCAGUCAGUGAAGUUUCUCAAGCUUUUGGAUACUGAUGUGCUGAAUUUAUUACCAUCAUGGCGUCUCUCGCGACUCUGAAAGUUUUUUUUUUUUUUCUUUCCCUUUUGUACUUUUGGAAUUCAGUUCAGUGUGCAUUAAUUCCUAUUGGGAAGCUUUGCGUUUUGUGCGAUUUUUUUGGUAAUUCGCUGUG